ACCUCAUAUAGUAGUACCUAUUAGAGGGUUGAACGCGUCGCGAACUUGCAGUUAUCUGUAGACCACGCACGGAAAAGCUGCGUGCUGAACUAAAGUUAAAAAGUUCGACACGCAAACCAAAAAUAAUGACGACGCUUCUGAGAAGAAUGUGGAAAAAUCAUUCGAAACACAAAAAGCUUUGCGAAGAGUGGGCUCUGGCAGAGUGUGAAGGGGAGGGUUGGUGGAGAGAAGCGAAGGAUGGCAGAGGCAGUAUGGAAGUGCGAUACGCGGGUAUUGCGCCCGUAGAACGCGCCGCUUCUGCGCCCGCUACGGCGUUAGCAGUACGCUCGGCGCUUCACACUGCUAAAACCUUGAAUAAAAAGUUGCAGAGGGUGAACCUGGACAUCAGCCCGAAAGGCAUCCUGGUUUCAGACGCGGAGUCGCAGGAUAAUGUUCUCAGCGUUUCUAUUUAUAGGAUCUCAUAUUGCUCCGCGGACGCGGCCAACGCGCGCGUGUUCGCGGUGGUCGAAGGCAAAAGCGCAGGCGGGGAAGAGAGUCACGUGGUGCACGUGUUCGUGUGCGCGCGGCGGAAGCAGGCCAGAGCACUCGCUCUCUCACUUGCACACGCCUUCAACGAUGCUUACCAGGCUUGGCAAGCAAACGAAGCUGCGUCAUUAAAAUCGGGUGGCCAGCGCCUUGUAACUCCAUGGGUCCAUUUUCCCGACGAAUCGGACGAAGAAACUGAAAACGAGCAAUGGAACCCUCCCGCUCCGCUUGUGACUUUCGCCUGAACCGUAAUGAUAUAAAUUAAAUAAGUAAUUCUAAGAUUUUUCAAUCGUCAAAUAAAUUUUAACUGAGGAUAAGUUUGAUUUUUUUGAAAUUUAUUCCUAAAUUGUUUAUCUAAUGAUUGAAAAAUCAGCUUUAAAUUAAAUAAAACUCUGGCCUAAGCUUUAAACAUUAAAAAACGUAUCAUAUUUUUACCUUUAGGAAUCAUAACGAAUAAGUAAAGAGGAAAUAUACAAGAUUAUAUUUUUUAUAAUUAUGAAAAAAGGUACAAAAAUUAAAAUUUAUGCUUAAUAUUUCUAAGAACGACAGACUUGAAUCCGAAAACUAUGUAAAAUCAAACAUAAAAUUAGGUAUAUGUAUUAUCAUUUUUAUUCUAUACUUACUAAGUGCCAUUUUGACUGUUACAAACAAAAAUUUAUUUACGUAGGCGUGAGAUAGAUACUUACUUUUAUAACAUAAUUGUUAAGUUAAUAUUAUUUAGAUUUACAAAUAGGUAAGUAAGAAUGUAAGUAUAAUAAUUAUGUAUGAAAGGUUAUAUACAUAGGUAGUAUAAGUAUAAAUAAAUUUUGUAUCGAUAGGUAUUAGCUAUAUAUUGCAUAUUCAUUUUAUUAAUUUUAUUGUACUGUUUUACUAAGCGUACUAUUAAAUUGUUUUUAUUUUGUC